GUUGCAAUUGAAAUAAGGGUGGGAUAAUGGUCAAUUGAUGCAACCAUGAUGAUUCGAAAUCCCCAACCCCUGCAAUUCAUCAGUGAAUCAAAGCCCUGCGUUAGCAAAAUUUCUCUUACCAACCACCAAACCCAGGCAACAAUUUUUUCACUUAAAAUAACCAAAAUAAAAACUUGAAAUUUCCCAAAAAUCAAAUCUUUUGAUCAAAAAUAAAAAAUGGAGUUAAAAGAAGAAGUGGAAAACAAGCAAAUAAUACUGAAAGGGUACAUUGAUAGAGCUCCAUUGGAAUCAGACAUGGAAUUAAAUGUGGGAAAUAAAAUUAAGCUCAAAAUUUCAAAAGGGUCUAAUUCAAUUCUUAUUAAGAACCUUUAUUUGUCCUGUGAUCCUUAUAUGAGAGGUCGAAUGCGUGAAAAUUACGGUUCUUACAUUCCACCUUUUGUUCCUGGCAAGCCUAUUGAAGGAUUUGGAGUCUCCAGAGUCAUAGAUUCAGAUGAUCCAAGUUUCCAUCCAGGAGAUAUUGUUUCAGGAAUGACUGGCUGGGAGGAAUACAGCUUAAUCGAGGAUACAAAGAAACUGAGGAAGAUUCAGCAAGAUGACAUCCCUCUUUCUUAUCAUAUCGGUCUUCUUGGUAUGCCAGGAUUUACUGCUUAUGCAGGCUUUUAUGAAGUCUGUUUGCCAAAAGAGGGGGACCGUGUUUCCGUCUCUGCAGCUUCUGGAGCUGUUGGGCAGAUCGUUGGUCAACUUGCUAAAUUACAUGGUUGCUAUGUUGUUGGCAGCGCAGGCACAAAAGAAAAGAUUGAUUUACUGAAAACUAAACUUGGAUUUGAUGACGCUUUCAACUACAAAGAAGAACAAGACCUUGAUGCAACUCUUAAAAGAUAUUUUCCUGAAGGAAUAGACAUAUACUUUGAGAAUGUCGGUGGGGCCAUGCUCGAUGCUGUGCUCCUCAACAUGAGAGUUCAUGGUAGAAUAGCUGUUUGUGGGAUGGUUUCUCAGCAUAGCUAUCGUGGCGAGGAAGGGAUCCACAACCUAUUUACACUCAUCAGCAGACGGAUCAGAAUGCAAGGAUUCAUUCAGAGCGAUUACUUGCAUAUGUUUCCUAAAUUUGUUGAGCAUGUAGGGGCUUACUAUAAGCAAGGGAAGAUUGUAUACAUCGAAGACAUGAGUGAAGGAUUAGAAAGCGCUCCUGCUGCUCUUGCAGGGCUUUUUACUGGUAAAAAUGUGGGCAAGCAGGUUGUCUGUGUGUCCCGUAAUUGAUACAAUUACCACAAAUUGAUCCUCGAGGCUCCUUAUGUUGUUUGAUUUGAGGUAAAUCAUUGCUCAUAAUGGCACAUUACCUGUUGCAGAUGUUAAAGAAUUUCAAAUUUGUCCAUUACUAGUAAUCCCAAUCAGGGAAUGAUAGAUCUUGCACAUGAAUGUAUAUUUUCUAUACGGUUAUGGCAUAUACUGAUAUAUCAUUAGUUUGGUUGAUUA